AUGUUUGGGGAACUAUCUCAAAUCGCUUCCUCUAAAGUGACUUUAAAAUAUUUGAUUGGAAUCAACUCGGAUAUUUCUAGCAAUGUUUUUUUUCUCGAUGAACGAACUAUCUUUUAUACUUGUGGUUGUUAUUGUGUCCUUUUUAACACCGAACAGAAAACCAUGCGAUUACUCAUAGCAUCAGAGAAAGGAACUAAAAUAACUGCCAUGGCUGUAUCUCCCAACCGUACCUAUUCGGCCGUUGCUUUGUAUUCCGAGAAACCAACUGUGAACAUUUUUAAUUUGUCAACUAUGCAGAAAAGGAACACUUUAGUUUGCCACAAAUUGCAUUCUUGUAAGAUCAUUAGUUUGUCUUUUUCAUCUAAUUCUCGAUAUCUUGUGGCCAUGUGUGACGACCCAUCACGAACCUUACUUUACUGGUCAUGGAAAAGAUCGAAACUACUUCUCACGACCAAAGUGACAGAUUCUGUGGCACCGGAGACUCUUUAUUGCCUUAGUUUCAACCCUCGAACACAUUUCAACGUGCAUAUAUUUGGCGACAAGUUCCUUAAAUUGGUCCGCUUCGAAGGAAACAGAAACAAACAAUUCAAUUUUCCGAAGAUCGUACCUCAAGACUUCAAAUGCUAUUGCUGGGAUGCGAACCAACGUCUUUUGGUGGGUACAGGCAGUGGCCGAGUGUUGUUUAUCGAAGAUAUGGAUUUAAGACUUGAAUUUAAUGUAUUCCAAUAUACGAAUAUUUCCGACGAAUCCGUCAUGUCGUGUGGAGUAACGGCUAUUACCAGUUAUUCUAAAGGAUUUAUUACAGCGUGUGGUAAGAAAUGUGUUCAGUUUUUUGAAAGAGAUGACGUCUGGGAUACUUACAAGUUUGUUAGGAAUGUUUGCCUUCCGCCAGAUGUUUUGGAAAACCGUGAUCUGUGUAAACAAAUUAUAAAAUGGAUGGUGGUGAAUCCAUCGGAGGACGCUCUCGUUAUUAGCACCAACAUGAAACAACUGUAUUAUACACCAGUUCAUCCAACAAAACAUAAGGUAACUGUGUUUGAUGUUUUAGUACAGCCUUUCCAUUAUAAAUCUAUCACUGGAUGUUGUGUCUGCUCGUGGAAGCCUCUCAUUGCAACCAGCUCUCUGGACGGUUCCAUAAAAUUGUGGAACCGCGAAACGUUUACCUUAGAAUUUUCUAAAAACUUUUCAGAAGAAGUAUACAGCAUAUCUAUGCACCCAACGGGACUAUUUCUUCUGGCAGGUUUCAGCGACAAAUUACGUUUCAUGUAUAUUCUUAGGGAUGACUUCAGACCGUUUAGAGAUAUCAACAUCCACAUGUGUACACAUUGCAACUUCAGUCGAGGUGGCCACAUGUUCGCGGCGGUCAACAACAACUUUAUACAGGUAUACUCGUCGAUUACUUUCGAAAUGGUGACCAACCUGAAAGGUCACACCGGUAGAGUUCAAGCUACCGCCUGGUGUAUAGGUGAUAAUAAUCUAAUCUCAUGCGGCUUGGAUGGGGCAGUUUAUGACUGGGAAUUAAAAACCGGGAAGUUAAUCGGUCAGUGUGUCUUGAAAUCCUGCGCCUGUAACGAUGUUGCAAUUAACACCGAGUACAAAAAACUAUAUGUGGUUAGCUCGGAUCAUUCUUUGAAAGAAAUCCACAAAUCGAAUUUAAUGCAAACGUUUCCACCGAGUGAAUGUCUUUUCUCAUCAGUUGCUAUGUCUCGGUCCAAUACAAUGUUAUUUGUAGGAACUAAUAAUGGUUAUAUAAGAAGCAUGGAGUACCCUCCAAUACCAGGGGGAAGAUGGCUUGAUUAUCCUUGUCAUAGCCUCGAAACAACGCACAUGAUUUUCAUGACUGAUGAUCGAUACUUAAUUUCAACAUCAAGAGAUGCUUCAAUUGCAAUAUGGAAGGUUAAUGAUGAUGAUGAAGAUGAGAGUCCGGUAUAUGGCCAGAGUACCAUUUGGUCUGAAGAAAUUUUACUUCCGGCGGAAGAGUUAAAAGAAAAAAUGUGUUCAAUUUCGAAGCUGAAAUCCCGUGUCGAAGAACUUUCGCAGAAAAACGAGUACACAUUGCAACUCGAAGACAAUGACUUCAACGAAAAAAUAAAAGAGAUAGGCGAAAAUUAUAGUCAAGAAAUUGAAAAUUUGAAACUCAAAAAUGAAAUUAUAGAGGAAGAAAUUGUCAAAGAAAAAUCUAGGCAUGACAAAAAAAUGAGUGUAAUUAUUAACGAUCACUGCACACAAAUAGAAUCCAUCUGUUCUACUAAUGAGGAAAAGUUAAUGGUAGAAUAUGCAAAACAAAAAGAGCUUGAAGAUAAAUUAACAGAACUAGAAAAAGAACAAGAGCAAGAGAUACAGCAACUGGAAUUAACGCAAGUGAGUUUUGAAACACGAUUGACAGAUGAAUAUGAAAAGAAAGCCGAAGGUUUGGAGAUGAAAAUUUAUGAGUGCGAAGAAAAUUUAUCGACGCUGCAGAAAGAAUGCGAUAAAAUAGAGAAAUUGAUUGAAGAUGAUGCCGAAAAGGAAGCCAUCUCCACAAAAGUCGAAUAUGAAAAACUUUUGUAUGUCGAGAGAUGUGCCUUUUCUAGAAUAAAAUCCGAACGUAGCACUUUGCGGAAGAAACUCUUAGCUUUCCCUAAACAAUUAAAAGAAAACGAAGAUGAAUGCUGGAAGCUAAAGAUGGAAUUAGAAAAACUAAAGCUUAUUAAAAGUAAUCUAGAGGACGACAUAGUGAUCUUAAAGAAAGGAGUGAAGCUCCAAUCUCAAGGAUUAACUGAUGAAGACAAGCGUUUCUGCGAACAGAAGCUGAUGCAUGAAGAUGUCACGAAACUGAGAUGUAAAUUGGAAUGGGAAAAGAUUAUCGAACUCAGACAGCUUGUGGAAGAGAGGGAGACGGAAAUCAAUAAAACGAUGAAGCAAAUGGCUGGUAUGCGAAACCAGUUGGAAACCUUCACCUCGCAGUUUUUCAUAACGGACUAUAAUACAGCAGAAAUGAAGCUGAAAUUAGCGGCCACCUUUAAAAAGCUGGAUGAUGUUCGUAGAAAGCGACAACAGAAGACAAAAUUGUGGCUCAGGUUCUGUUCCGAUUUAAACGACCUCGUGUCUUUUAGAAUGCAAGAUCCACAGCAACUGAAGAACCGCAUAAAAUCUCUUUAUGAAAAAUACGUUGUUAAGAAUGUCGAUAAGCCCCUCAGUUUAGAUCCCAAUACGCUGAUCCAACGGGGUCGGCAGCGGAACCAUUUCGAAUAUACCAUACUCAAACUGAAAUAUACGUUGAAGUGCACCGCCAAAAAGAGCAAUCAGAACAAUCAACACCUGAUCAACAAACGUAAUAAUCUGGCAGCAGAGAUGCAGUCGAAGAGAGAAGAGAACAGUCAUCGUUUGCUUUCGAAAAUGGAGAGAGAGAAAUGA